CUGCACACAAAUACCCCUCUUCUCCUCCGGUCCCAAACUCACCACUUCACUUCAAAUCUUUUAUUUUCUUCUUCUUCUUCUUCUUCAUCAUCAUCUUCUUCUCCCCAACUGCCCUAAAAUUAAAUUAUUUUGUAAUUUUAGGGGGUUGGUUUGGAUUGCUCUUAUAAUUUAUUAUCUAAAUUAGAUUUGUUUAUUUUAUUUUUAUUUUUAUCUUUUUUUUUUCCUCGGUUGAUCAUCCUUCAGUUAAUCUCCCCUCAAAAAAAUGGCGAAGCCGGACGAGAACAACCCAGCUCUGAUCAGACCCACAACCGUACAAGGUUCAGAGAUGAUGGGUGGGAGAAAGUUUGAUGGGAAAAACAGAAGAAGAGCUUUAAGCGUUAUUAGUCAGGAGGUAGUAGCAGGAGCUCCUCCUUGUGUGGUUAACAAAAGGGGUUUGCCAGAAAAGCAUGCAGUCUGCGAAAGAAACCUGCGUCGUCAAGGGCAUAGGCCAAUCACAAGGAGUUUUGCCGCACAACUGGGGAGCACGCAGCAGCAUCUCCUUGAGGAGAAAUCCAAGAAACCAAGCACAUCUGCUCAGGUUUUAGAUGUAGUGGAGGGCCGUAAUUUGCUUAUAUACGUGGAUGAAGAAAACGAAGUCAAAGACCAACCAGAACCAAUGUUCUUGGAACAAGCAGUAGAAGAUGAAACGGGUCAGAUGGAGGAGGUCGAGAUGGAGGAUAUAUUUGAAGAUCCCGUUAUGGACAUCGACGGCUGUGAUGUGAAGAACUCGCUUGCAGUUGUCGACUACGUUGAUGAUAUCUAUGCCUUUUAUAAAAAGAUGGAGUGUUCUAGCUGUGUACCUCCAGACUACAUGGCGCAACAAUUUGACAUUAAUGAGAAAAUGAGAGCUAUACUAAUUGACUGGCUCAUAGAGGUACACCACAAGUUCGAACUCAGGGACGAGACAUUGUUUCUCACUGUCAAUCUGAUAGACAGAUUUUUAGCUCGCCAAAGAGUGGUAAAAAAGAAGCUUCAGUUGGUGGGUCUGUCUGCGUUGCUACUGGCAUGCAAAUACGAGGAAGUUUGUGUCGUCGUCGUGGAGGACUUAAUUUUCAUUUCAGACAGAGCUUAUGCCAGGAAGGAACUUCUUGAUAUGGAGAAAUUGAUGCUCAACACUAUACAAUUCAACAUGUCCGUUCCAACCCCAUAUGUUUUCAUGAGAAGGUUCCUAAAGGCUGCUCAAUCUGACAAGAAGCUUGAACUACUGUCAUUCUUCUUGAUUGAGCUUUGCCUGGUGGAGUAUGAGAUGCUCAAGUUCUCACCAUCUCUGUUAGCUGCUGCUGCAAUCUAUACUGCCUACUGUACUCUUUAUGGGUUUAAGCAGUGGAGCAAGACCUGCGAAUGGUAUACUGGCUAUUCCGAAGACAAUCUCCUUGAAUGUUCAGGACUAAUGGUAACUUUCCACCAGAGGGCAGGAACUGGGAAACUAACAGGGGUGUAUAGGAAAUACUCUACAUCAAGGUUUGGCUUCACAGCAAAGAGUGAACCUGCACGGUUUCUACUAGUCGACAUCCAAGCAUAGCAAUGUGGAUGCAUAGUUCACUAACUUAUACAUGACUUCCUGGGGGAUUUCAAAAAUAAUUUGGCAGCAAUCUGUGUUGCCCAGUGUGUAUCAUAGUUAGCCUCUUCGGUUGUUAUAAUUAUUAACAACCGCAAUUGUUUUUCUGUUUACGCAUUCUUUCUAAAGAUAUAUAGCACAAAAUUAGUUUCUGCAUUAUGUCUGACAUGCUGGAAAUUGUGGGCUAAUGCUAAAAUAUGCUUUGUUUGGUUUCUAAGAAAAUGAGGUUAAGGAAGGAAUGUUUCACUACUA